GCCCUGAGCCAUCAGCAAUCCUUAGCAUAGGGGCACAUUCAUGCAUUCCUGUCAAGUCCUCUUGUGAAAGGCUGCCUGCUUCUAGCUUGGCUUGGAUGUGCAACCUUAAUAAAACUCACUGAGGUCUGGGAGAAAAUAGCAGAUCUGCAGCAGAUAGGGUAGAGGAAAGGGUCUAGAAUAUGUAUAUGCAGCUGACUCAGGCAGGCUCCACGCUGAACUGUUACAGAGAGGAAACAAUCAAUCUCAGCUACUAUGCAAUAAAAUAUCUCAAGUUUUAACUAAGGAAACUAUCAUUACAGUAAAAUAAAAUUUGUUUUUUAGAAAACAAAACCUUUUAGAGCAAAGCUAACAAAUGGCUAGUUUUCUAUGAUUCAUCUUCAAAAGUUUUCUUGGAGGGUGGAAAAGUCAAAAAAGCAAGCAGCUUUACCUGAAAUAAAGAACUAGUUUAAAAGGCAGAAGAAAGGAGCCAGUUUUGUGAGAGGCACGGAAGGAGAGUGCUGGCAACACAAUGACAGUUUUCCUUUCCUUUGCUUUCCUCGCUGCCAUUCUGACUCACAUAGGGUGCAGCAACCAGCGCCGAAGUCCAGAAAACGGUGGGAGAAGAUAUAACCGGAUUCAACAUGGGCAAUGUGCCUACACUUUCAUUCUUCCAGAACACGACGGGAACUGUCGUGAGAGUACGACAGACCAAUACAGCACAAACGCUCUGCAGAGAGAUGCUCCGCACGUGGAACCUGAUUUCUCUUCCCAGAAACUUCAGCAUCUGGAACAUGUGAUGGAAAAUUAUACUCAGUGGCUGCAAAAACUUGAGAAUUACAUUGUGGAAAAUAUGAAGUCGGAGAUGGCCCAGAUACAGCAGAAUGCUGUUCAGAACCACACGGCCACCAUGCUCGAAAUAGGAACCAGUCUCCUGUCUCAAACAGCAGAGCAGACCAGAAAGCUGACAGAUGUUGAGACCCAGGUACUAAAUCAAACUUCUCGACUUGAAAUACAACUGCUGGAGAACUCAUUAUCAACAUACAAGCUAGAGAAGCAACUUCUUCAACAGACAAAUGAAAUCCUAAAAAUUCACGAGAAAAACAGUUUAUUAGAACAUAAAAUUUUAGACAUGGAGGGAAAACACAAAGAAGAGUUGGACGCAUUAAAAGAAGAGAAAGAGAACCUUCAAGGCUUGGUUACUCGUCAAACCUACAUAAUCCAGGAGCUGGAGAAGCAAUUAAACAGAGCCACCAAUAACAACAGUGUUCUUCAGAAACAGCAGCUGGAGUUGAUGGACACAGUCCAUAACCUGGUCAACCUUUGCACUAAAGAAGGUGUCUUACUAAAGGGAGGAAAAAAGGAGGAAGAGAAACCAUUUAGAGACUGUGCAGAUGUAUAUCAAGCUGGUUUUAAUAAAAGUGGAAUCUACACUAUUUAUAUUAAUAAUAUGCCAGAACCCAAAAAGGUGUUUUGCAACAUGGAUGUUAAUGGGGGAGGUUGGACUGUCAUACAACAUCGUGAGGAUGGAAGUCUGGAUUUCCAAAGAGGCUGGAAAGACUAUAAAAUGGGUUUUGGAAAUCCCUCUGGUGAAUACUGGCUGGGGAAUGAGUUUAUUUUUGCCAUAACCAGUCAAAGGCAGUAUAUGCUAAGAAUCGAGUUAAUGGACUGGGAAGGAAACCAAGCCUAUUCACAGUAUGACAGAUUCCACAUAGGAAAUGAAAAGCAAAACUAUAGGUUGUAUUUAAAGGGUCACACUGGGACAGCAGGAAAACAGAGCAGCCUGAUCUUACACGGUGCUGAUUUCAGCACGAAAGAUGCUGAUAAUGACAACUGUAUGUGCAAAUGUGCCCUCAUGCUAACAGGAGGCUGGUGGUUUGAUGCUUGUGGCCCCUCCAACCUAAAUGGAAUGUUCUAUAAUGCUGGGCAAAACCAUGGAAAACUGAAUGGAAUCAAGUGGCAUUACUUCAAAGGUCCCAGCUACUCCUUACGUUCCACAACUAUGAUGAUCCGACCAUUGGACUUUUGAAAGCACAGUGGCAGAUGCAAUUAUGCAAACAACAGAGAAAUCUGGGAAAGUGACCAGAUGAGAAAUUCUUGAAAAUGCCUGAAGCAAGCAAUAUUGUCUCCCCUUCAAGCAACACGUAGUUAUGUGAAGUCAUCAAAGGUCUUGACUGUGGAUUGGGGACCUUUUGAGUUCACAGAAGUCUCUACAUGGGGUCACUGUGUUCACAUGGCAUGAAUCUAGAGCACGCCACCCCCCAUCAUGCUUUUAAAGGGAAGAAACUGCUCAGCUCUCUGUACUUCAAACUACUACUGGAUCUUACUUUGUAACUAUGGUAGCCAGAUGAUGAAUAUAGUUUAUUCCAUGUAAAAC